AUGCCUCACCGCAUCUACAGAAAAUCCUUUUCCUCAUUUGACAGGACAUUCCUGCUCCCUAGAAAUCGCUCCCUUUGGUGGAGCCCAGCGGUGUCCGAGAGCAGCAGCCGCAACCCCUUGGCUGCCCCCAGUCCUCUCCAGGGCUCGCUGGCUGGCGUGGGGGAGGAGGCAGGAACCGCGAGGGCGCCUCAGGAGCACGGCGGUGGGGGAGGGGGCGGCUCGGGGCCCUGCGCGGCGUCCGGGGGAGGCGGCUUCGGGGGUUCAGUGGCGGCGGCGUCAGGCGGCAAAUCCAGUGGUGGGGGCUGUGGAGGCGGCGGUGGUUACCUGGCCUCCUCCUCUUCCUCCGUGGCGGCAGCGGCGGGGGCCGCGGUGUUAACGGUGAAGAAGCCGAAAAUGGAGCACGUCCAGGCUGACCACGAGCUUUUUCUCCAGGCCUUUGAGAAACCAACACAGAUCUAUAGGUUUCUUCGAACGCGAAAUCUUAUAGCGCGGUAACCAGUAUUUUUGCAUAGAACUCUUACUUACAUGUCUCAUCGAAACUCCAGAACAAACAUCAAAAGGAAAACAUUUAAAGUUGAUGAUAUGUUAUCAAAAGUAGAGAAAAUGAAAGGAGAGCAAAAAUCUCAUAGCUUGUCAACUCAUCUGCAGCUUACAUUUACUGGUUUCUUCCACAAAAAUGAUAAGCCAUCACAAAAUUCAGAAAAUGAACAAAAUUCUGUUACCCUGGAAGUCCUGCUUGUGAAAGUUUGCCACAAAAAAGGAAAGGAUGUACGUUGUCCAAUAAGACAAGUUCCUACAGGUAAAAAGCAGGUGCCUUUGAAUCCUGACCUCAAUCAAACAAAACCUGGAAAUUUCCCGUCCCUUGCAGUUUCCAGUAAUGAAUUUGAACCUAGUAACAGCCAUAUGGUGAAGUCUUACUCAUUGCUAUUUAGAGUGACUUGUCCAGGAAGAAGAGAGUUUAAUGGAAUGAUUAAUGGAGAAACCAAUGAAAAUAUUGAUGUCAAUGAAGAACUUGCAGCUAGAAGAAAACGAAAUCGUGAAGAUGGGGGAAAAACAUUUGUUGCACAAAUGACAGUAUUUGAUAAAAACAGGCGCUUACAGCUUUUAGAUGGGGAAUAUGAAGUAGCCAUGCAGGAAAUGGAAGAAUGUCCAAGAAGCAAGAAAAGAGCAACAUGGGAGACUAUUUAUGAUGGGAAGGUAUGGACUACUUAG